GAUUCAGACUUGCAUAGAUUUCAUUUGACAUCCGAUUGACAAGCAGCAGUGAGCAGAAGUAGGCAUCACGGUAAAUACGCCCUCUCACUGAAUGGGAAGAUAUUGGAACACCGUAAUCAUAUCUCCACCGCGGUCAAAAAUGAAUUCACCGCCGAGCCCUAGCAGUCCCAAAUCACCGAGUAAAUUCCUCCAGACGCUAAGGAACUCGCCUUCAUUACUACGGAAACGAUUCAUGAAUUCUGAUAGUGAGUUAUACUGCGACGGAACCAAGGAGCGAUCAUUCCAUGUGCGUUACGAUGGACGCGUAACGGUGCGGUCACUGCGGGUUCGUGACGCGGUUACCGCGGUCGAAAAAUUAGCCCCGUUAUGUAAAGCGCACCAAAACCACCACCAGCCAAUCAACACCACGUGUUCGUUGCGCGUUGAUAAAAGCACGAUCACAUUCGAAGACUGCUCCCAUGAUGUUCUUGAGUCGUUACCGCUGUUCUGCAUCGCGUAUUGCGCGACGGAUCUCAGGCAUCCACGCGCGGUGGCGUUGACGUGCAAAACAAGAGAAUCUAUCCAUUGUUACGUAUUCGAAGCGACGUCGCGGGACAAAGCGUCAGAAAUUGUGAACUAUGUGAGGAAAGCUUUUGAAGCAGCCUGGAUGGACUGGAAAAGAAGUCACCCAGAAGGUGAAGAUCCGAGAGAAAGGCAAAUCAGAUUAUCACCUCCUGGACAUGUACCGCUUUAACAAUCGAAGAAAAAAAACACAUUUAUAUCAAAUAUGCCAGAGUAACCAUGGGAACGCUGAAAUAUGAUAAAUUGUGUGCUAUAUCAUUUUCUUGCCUAUAAUUAUGACAGCUUUUUAUUCAUAUCCCGAGUUCUGUUGUAUCAGAGCCUGCGGUCUCAGUUUCAAGUGACGCGAGAGAGAUAGAGUUACUGGUAAUAUUAUAAUGAAUGUCUCAAUUUAACUUCUUGCCAUGUGACUUUUGUAUAAGUUUCUUUUUAUUUCUCUUUCGUUAUGGCAAUGAUUUCUUUUUUUUAAUUUUGACUCGGUAUUCAGCUACGUAAAUGGCCUUAUACAUAUUAAUAUGCCUAUAUAUACUUUUUGUGAAGAAACUAUGUUAAUAUUCUAUUGUUAUGGAGAAGAAUUAUUUGAGUAUUAACCAUACCAAAUUAAUUCGUUAUGAGAAUAUAGAGAUGUGGUCAUCAUUAUUAUGUUCAGGUAUGCACUCACUUUAAUAUGAUGAGAAAUGACGUCUGUGUACUGUGAUAAUUAUGUACUACAAUACAUGCUUGAAGACUUCUUAAUUCUCGGACUUUGAACUCAACCUACAUGUAUUAUGUUUGCUUGUCCCUCGUAAAUACUUUUCCCGCUUUAUUAUUAACCAGAUUAUUUGGGACUUACAAAGAUUACACAUGAUGAUUUUCAACCAUUGGACAGCUUAUUAUUUCACCCAUGCCUGAUUUUAUUCGACAACGCCAAUCAGGUGCGUCGGUAACCCUAUACAAAUGUUAAUGGUGGUAUAAAUGCAGACUUGUCGAUAGGGAGUUGGGAGGGUGAAUUGCCAAUUCGUCUACUGACAACUCGUCCACUCACCACAUGGUCUAAUGCCAUUCCGUCCAUCAAAAUUUUCGUCUAACAACCACCUGGUCCAAUAACCAUUUGGUCCAAUCAUCACUUCGUCUUAUCCAGGGCCCUGUACACGGAGGAUUAGUCUAUUGUUAUACUGGGGGUGCUGAGCAUUGUCACAGCACCGCAGGUAACAAUAAAUAAUCCUCCGUAGCCAGGGUUAGGCCUAUGGUCUAAUCACCAGGUCGUCUAUGGCAUUUUCGUCUCAUAACCAGUUGGUCCAAUAUCCAUUUCAUUUUCAUUCGAUUUGCACAAUUAAUAGUCCAAUAAUGGACUAAAAGGCUACUGGACAACUGGUUAUUAGACGAAAUGGUGAAUGGACGUAUUGGCAAUUAUACCAUGUGUAUAGUGGACGAACUGACGGUAGACCAAAAUAGACGAGUUGGCAAUUGGACUAAUUGGCAUUAGACGAAUUGGAACUAAACCGUUUGGAGUAUUCCAUGGGGCACUUUGUCCCCUUGCAAUGGUGAUGAAAUAAAACGCGAGGGAGUUUGAGUGGGGAAAUUAUUUUUAAAAAAAAUCAAUGAUACCGGCGUUAAGAUUUUGUUCGUGCUUACUGUUGCGGGUUUCUUCUCUUUUUCCUUUCUUUCUAUAAAUAUAUUUUUUGGGGUGGCUGUUCUAGGCCAACCCCUUCCACAAUUACGUCACAUUGAUUGUUUCAACUUUGCGUAUUGUUUUUAAAGUUGCCAUCAUCUUUUCAAGUGCAGCAUCAUUUGGUAAACUAGCCACAUGCUUUGCUAUUAAUGUAAAAUACAAAACAAACAUUGAUUCUAUUGACAAUAUGGGAUAUAUGUUCAGGAUUUCAGCAAUGCUGUGCUUAAUGAAGGCCUUUUAAACCACUUAUUGUAUCACGAAUAUGUUACCACCUAGGUACAAUGUUUAAGACAUUUGUCCUUAUGUAUAGUCUUAAUUCGCUAGCGUUUUCUUUUUACCUACAUUGUUUUAGUCAUUUCUGUAUUCACUUGUGUGUCUUGUAUGUAAUUAUGAAUGGUUACACCAUUGAUGUUUCUGACCCAUACAAAAUGUAUCAUAUUCAUUUAUUCUUUGACAAUAGAUUUCAAUAUCAUCAUUAGCGACAGAAACGUGAACCAUUCACUAUCGUGGUCGCAAGUCUCCUAUUUACAAAGAUUUGAAUGAUAUGGAAUCUAAUAAAAGCACAUUU